UAAAGACACUUUCACCAGAGAGAAGUUUCAUGUUUUAAGCAAGCUCAUGUGUAGCAAGCUCCUUUAACACCUCUACCGUCUCUCACUUUCAACCCCUUCGGCCGGCAAAAUGACUCUCUACAAGCUCACAGUGCUGUGUUUGACUGUGUUUGCUGUUCAGCUGGCCGAGUCUCAGGAACUUCUCCCAGCUCCGACUCUUUCAUUUAAUUAUGGUGUGAACCAGAGUGCCAUUAAGCUGUACUCGUCCGUGGACAUGACAUGCACAAUUCCAAGCGGGGCAAAGAUGCCUGCAGAGGUGCACCUCUCUUCGCUUGAUGCCACAAACAGUUCCUUGCUGUCCUAUACCCUUACAAGGCAUAGUCCGGUGAUCUUCACGCUCUUUGUGAGGCCUGAGAUUGAGAAGGCUUUCGUCUGCUGGUACAGAAAUACCGUGACCAAAGCCCUGUCUCAGUUCAGUGAAGCCAUCAACAUAACCAUAUCUGCUCUGUCCGACCCCAUUGCGGUUCUGUUUCCACCCGUGUUUCCUGUGGGGGGGAAGUACACCAUGCAGUGUGAGACACCACAGAUUGGCUACAAAAACACCACACUGAAUGUGUAUGACCGUCUCCUUCCGCUCCGUCACGGCAAUGAAUCCUUCCAAUACAUCGGAUCACGUGUUCUCGCUCCAGGAGAAUGGGGAGCCGCGGUCACUCGAACAAACGCCGGAGAAACCUACGAGUUUAUGUGUGAAAUGGAAGUGUUCCUCAAUGGGAGAACCUUGCGCUCCAGAUCCAAAAUCCUUACAGCCAUGCCAGACGAGCUCUCGGUUCAUCUGGUUCCCAAAAAUUCUGAUUCAGGGACCUGUUAUGGAGAGGCGUUUCUCAAAGUGAGAGAUGGCUGGAGACCCCUUUGUUUUGUGUCCAAAUUCUACGACUCUAUGCUCGUGGCUAGCAUCAUAUGCCGAGAGCUAGGCUGUGGACCUGCGAUAGACUACGACAGGCUUGGUUUUAAAGCUUACAACGCUAUAGGAACACCAAAUUGCACAGGAAACGAGAAGAAGAUUGCAGAGUGUCCUAUAGGUUCAGCAGAUUUUUGUGACCAAGGAACACUCAAAAUCAUCUGCUCAGACGCCCUUCCUCCUCCAACGCUUUCUCUGUCAGAACGUGAUACUUCUUCAUGGGUUUACGUCAGGACUGAAGAGUCUGUGACCCUCGGGUGCAUUUUUCAAUCGUCCAUAAAUGAUUAUGCUUACAUCACCUUCACACACAACGGACAGGACCUUUCCACCACAACAGCCUUACCCGGAAACAGAAAGACCAUGACGUUACGUGACCCAGUGCCUGAGGGAAAGUACGCCUGCUACGUACAUCCAGGAUCAUCCAAACUGUACAGGACGGAAAACAGCAAUGUGAUAGGCAUCUACAUUUAUAAUCCUCCACCUCCUGGAGCAGUCGCUGGAGGCGUCAUCACCACGGUCUUAGGUAUAGUUAUAUUUGUAUACGUCUGUGUUUAUCGUGCCAGAGAAUCAGACGUGCAAGACACUGAGCCGGAAUCAUCGCCGAGGGGCAGCACCACAACUCCACCACAGGGGGCGCCGGAGAGCACAGGGGCAAAUAUCCCGCAAGAGUAGUGCACAAUUCCACGAGUAAUGAUCAACAUCUCAGGGAUAUUAACAUUUAUAAAUCUGUAUAUAAAGGGAAAAGAUGUUUUAAUCAGAGGCAAUGUUUUCUUUACAACCACCUAAAUAAUUGUAAAAAAUUAAUUAAACCUCAUUUUUGCAAA